GGUUGGCCCUUUCAACAUUCAUUCAAACCCUACCGGUUCACCUGUUUUGAAAGUCAAUUAAUAUAUCCUUAUAGUAAGUCCAAACUAACACAUUUGUACUAAGUCUGCGUGAUUGCCAAAUAAUGAAGAGAAGAAAUAGUCAUCCCCAUGCACCUAUUCAAACUCUCAACAAUAGUCAAAUCUCUCAUUUUCAAGCCUGUCUUCUUUAUAUAAAUGUCAUCCAAGAUUCUCCAUUCACCCACCAAACCAUUCAGCACACCAUCUCCAAAGACUCACACUUUUGCUUCUCUCAUCUUCUUCAAUUCACCCUAAAUCAAUUUCAGAUCGACAGGAGAUAUCAUCGUACCAGAUCAUAUAUAAUGGCAGGUGUUCAAUCUUCAAGCUUCUUGAUUUCAUCUUCUUCUUCUACCUCAUUUUCGCAGAGAAAAGCGAUCAGAGCAGCCAUUAAUUUCCCCAGAAUUGGACGGAGAACUAACGUCUCCCUCCCCACUCUUCAGACAAGAGGAUUGGUAGAGGAAUUAGGGUUGAAAAGUGGGUAUACCACCAUUACCGAAAACCUCCGACCGACAAGGACGGUUGAUGACCAGACCAACGGCGGUCCUGAUCCGUUAGUUGUCGCCAAACUUUAUGCCAUCUUGGAAGCGGUUGCCGAUAGAGUGGAGAUGCACAAGAAUAUAGGGGAACAAAGAGACAAUUGGAACAGCCUGUUGUUGACCUCCAUCAAUGGGAUUAUCCUCGCAGCCGCCGCAAUGGCCGGAAUCGCCGCUACCGCCGCCGCCGCCGGCGGAGCCGAGGUGGCGCUAAAGCUCUCCUCCACACUAAUGUACUUGGGAGCGACAGGGAUGCUGACAAUCAUGAACAAAAUCCAACCGUCCCAGCUGGUGGAAGAGCAACGAAACGCGACAAGGCUUUUCAAGAAUCUGUACAACGAAAUCCAAACAACGUUGUCAAUCGGUCACCCCACGGUUAGCGACGUUAAAGAUGCGAUGGAGAGAGUGUUGGCUCUCGACAGGGCCUUCCCUCUCCCCCUCCUCGGAGUCAUGCUCGAGAAAUUCCCCGACACGGUGGAGCCGGCCGUCUGGUGGCCGGAGCAGCGCCGGAGACCGGCCCGGAGAAUCGGAGGGAACGACUGGAACGGCUGGAACGGGAAGCUGGAGGACGACAUGAAAGAAAUAACACAAGUUCUGAGACUGAAAGACAAAGAAGACUACCUAAGACUGGGCAAUAAAGCCUUGAAAAUCAACAAAAUUCUAGCCAUUUCAGGCCCUCUACUAACUGGCUUGGCCGCGGUGGGGUCUUGCCUGGUUGGAUCAUCUUCCCCACACAACUCCUGGGCUGCAAUCCUGGGAGUGACGGCGGGGGCGUUAGCCAGCGUUGUGAACACAUUCCAGCACGGCGGACAAGUGGGAAUGGUGCUGGAGAUGUACAGAUGCAAUGCAGGCUUCUUUCAUCUCAUUGAACAAUCCAUAGACUCAAACCUUAGUGAAAAGGACAUGGAGAGAAGGGAAAAUGGUGAAGUGUUUGAAAUGAAAGUGGCUUUGAAGCUUGGAAGAAGCCUUUCAGAGCUCAGAGAUCUUGCAGCUAAGUCUUCCCACAAGAAACAAAACAUUGACGAGUUUGGGAGCAAGCUUUUCUAAUUUUUUUUUUAUUUUUUAUUUUUUCUAACUCUAAGAGAAAGCCUGCAACAGCUACUAAGUCGAAAAUAUGUAUGUAACAAUUACUUAAUUCUAUAGACAGCUUUUACGGGGAGUUAAAGUUGGAAAGCGAAUGAAUGUAUAUGAGUCUUAGGUGUAAUUGAGUAGAGAAUACAAUCAAUUCAAUUAUUCAUGAAAACAUAUCUUUACAGAUCA